GACACUUGGACCGCGGGCGCCGGCGCUGAGACCGCGAGCUCGCGCAACUCCAGCCUCAGGCUCUGCGCGUGCGCACCGCUUUCCGCGCCACCUUCCGCCUUGGCUUGGGAACCUCUACUCCGGCGCUCAGUGGACCGUAGGAGGCGGCUCCUAUGUGUACAGUGUGUUGUUGGGUGAGUCGGGUUUCCACGCCACCUGUGACGGUCAGCGGCGGUUGCCCACGGCUCAGCGCCUCCGCGGACUGCGGCCGGCCGUUGCCAUGACAGCGACCGCUGGGGGCCCUGGAUCUUGGAGUGAAAAUAUACUAGAAUAUUUUCUGAGAAAUAACCAGAUCACAACAGAAGAUGGUGCCGAGAUCUUCUGGUAUCAUGCUGCUAACCACAAAGCACAAAUGAAUGAGGCACUGAAAAGUCCUGCCCACAUGGUAGAGGCCGAUGUCCUUCUUCCAAGUGAUGGAUCAGAAGAUAGCCAACCAAUCAUGGCCCAUCCUCCUGAAACAAAUAGUGAUAAUACUUUACAAGAAUGGCUGAAUGAAGUUAUAAAAAGCAAUAAAGGCAUCAAACUGGAUUUCAAGAGUCUGGCAGCUGUGGAACCGUCCAUGAUGCUCCUGGAAAAUGUGAAGAGCCAUCUGAAGCGUCCUGUGUGGAUUAAUGCUGAUAUUCUUCCUGGUCCAAAUGGAAAUAGCAGAGUAGUGGAUGCAAAACCUUUUAUAAACACGGUGACAUCCUUCUUCCCAGAUGUGACAUUUUCCCUGGGUUGGACAACAGGAUGGCAUCCUGAGAAAGUCAAUGAAGGUUACAGUUGGACAAUGGUGAAAGAAAUGGAAUAUAUAUGUAAGGACCUCAAUCUGCCUGUAACAUUUCCUGUCAGAGCAGCAUUAGUCAGGCAGUCUUGUUCUCAGUUACUUUGGCUGUUAAAGAAAUCAAACAGAGAUUCCACAAAACUAUGGCACCCUCUUUCCUUUUUCCUGGAGACUGGUUAUUUCAGAAAUCAUGGAAGAGUAAUAGGGCUUUAAGAAUGUUCUAACUUGCACACAGGUUCUCAAGUCUAAUGUAUUGGUGUUGAGAACUCAUGGCAUCUAAGCACUAUUUCCCAAGCCUGGCAGAGCAAUCCUAGUCCUAGAAGAGACUUUGGUAUGAGAUCCAACUGUCAAAAAAAAUCAGGGCUUUAAAAAGUACUGUUGAUUAUGACUCUCUAAAAGUGAUGUAAUUACUAAUUAGAUAUAUACUCAUUUACAACUGGGAAGUUGUUAAAGCUUAUUUAUAACAGGUUGCUUAUUUGUUUGUUUGUUGGAGUUAGGGUUUUAGAUUUUUUUCCUUGUAAUGAUAAAAAUUAAGUACCUAGUAAAUAUAUAGAAAAAUGCCCUGUCUCUCACCUUGAAAUUUAAGAUAUGAGCCAGCCUAGUAAGAGCCUACAAUCUGCUAAUAGUCUUAAAUUCGUGAAUCAAUGCAAGGAAAAGUUGAAUGAUAGAAGGAUGAAGAUAGUAGUACUGAAGAACUUUUUAUCUAGAAAGUGGGAGUAUAAUAAAUAAAUGAAACCAAGACCACCUGAUAACCAGGUCUUGGAAGAAGCAGGGCAGGACUCAGGAGCACUUGGGACCUCAGCAGCAGGAGCUCAGGAUCGUUGUUCGAGUGUCUAGUGUUCCACACCGAUAUCAUUCUUUUACUCGUGGCUGUGGUUAUUUCUCUCUCUCCUUUGAAUUUGCUAUACUUUGGCCAAGGACCUCAAUUUGUCUAGUCACUUGUGUCUUCAGGGCUUAGUAGGAAUACUGAGAGGAGGGAAGAGGUAGGCAUUUAAUUGGUGUCAUAUGGGCUGAGGCUGUGCAAGUGAUUCAGAAAUUAUUUCUACCUCAAGGAUCUUAACAUUCAGGCAGGGGAGAGAGGACUCUAGACAAGUUGGGUAUUUGCUAUAACUUCUGUGAUGGAACUUACACCAGGUUGUGGCAACAGACAGCAUUUUGUUCUAAUUGAGAGAGAGCACUGAAUGAUGAGUAAGAUUCAGCAGGUAGAGUAAGAGAGGAAAGGGUCUUUCAGACAGAGAGGCACAUGAGCAAAGGAACUCUAAGUGGGGGAAGAGACUGAUUUGACCUGUUCAAAAAGUUUAUAAAGGCACUGUACUAUGAGGCUGAGCACUUAGGCAGGGGCCAGAUUCAUUUUCUGAGACGAGAAGCUGGCUCCUUUCCUCUUAGGCCAUAGGAAUCACUGUACCAUUUUAAGUAGGGAAGCUUUAAUAUCAGUUUUGAGUAUUAGAAAGGUGUUUACAAUGGCACAAGAAGACUUGGAAUUCUUGAAGUGAAAGGAGAUGAAGCCCUGAAUUAAGGUGGAAACAAAAGUGGAUGAAAAUGUUCAAGAGACAGAGGAAAGAGGUUACAAAUGAAGAAUUUGUAAAAGUUUUUAAACUAGUUGAAUGGAGAG